CCUGCUAGCGGUCACAACUAAAAGGAACAGUUAACCAUGAGCAACGUCCCAGAGAACGCGCCACAGCAUUGCCCUGGGACACAGAGCCAGGAUGCUGGCAAAGCAUCAGCCUGUGCCGGGUGCCCCAACCAGAACCUUUGUGCGUCAGGUGCUGCCAAUCUCCCCGAUCCCGCAAUAGACAUUAUAAAGAAUCGGUUGUCCAAUGUGAAGCACAAGAUCCUUAUCCUGUCUGGCAAAGGGGGAGUAGGCAAGAGCACUGUCACAUCGCUUCUUGGACAUGGUUUGGCGUCCAGGAACCCCGAUGUCAAUGUGGGCAUUCUAGACGCGGACAUAUGCGGUCCCAGCCAACCGCGCGUUUUGGGCGUCAACGGCGAACAAGUGCACAACUCAGGCUCGGGGUGGUCGCCUGUUUAUGUGACCGACAAUCUCUCUUUAAUGUCCAUCGGGUUCCUGCUCGGCAGCCCGGACGAUGCCGUCAUCUGGCGAGGACCGAAGAAAAACGGUAUGAUUAAACAGUUUCUGAGCGAAGUGGAUUGGGGAGAAUUGGACUAUCUUUUAGUUGAUACACCACCAGGUACGUCAGACGAGCACUUAUCUGCGGUCCAGUACCUCUCUAAGGCAGGUCUUACUGGCGCUGUCGUGGUGACGACACCGCCAGAAGUGGCGUUAUUAGACGUCAGAAAGGAGAUACAGUUCUGUCAGAAAGUUAACGUCCCGAUUAUUGGCGUUAUCGAGAACAUGUCGCUGUUCGUUUGCCCUAAUUGUCAGACUCGCAGCGAAAUUUUUCCGGCGACGACGGGUGGCGCGCCGCAGAUGUGCACGGAGAUGCAGGUGCCUCUGUUGGGAUCGUUACCGCUGGAUCCGCUGCUGGCGCGCUGCUGCGACGACGGACGCGACUUCCUCCAGGAGCUGCCUAACUCCCCGGCAGUUCAGGCGCUGAAAGCCAUCUUAGAAAAAAUCGUGACUACCUGUGAGAGCACAUCCCAAUGAAUUUUAAUUAAAUAAUAUAUGGAUUGAAAACAAGCGUCCCUGAACUCUUGGGCUUAGGUUAAUCUUUACAAGAAUUUAAUUAUCGAAUAGAUCGUGUAAAUUAAAUGAUUCGCUUCUAGUUUUUAAGUAUAAAUGUUAAUAAAUAUAUACAGUGUUAAAUCUGUUU